UAUGAGCGCACGUCUAUCAAAACAACGUGAUAGACACCGAAAAUUCAGUUAUUUACAUUAAUAUAAUUUUAUUAACCAUAACUGUUGAAUUGUUGUUAAAAUGAGCGUCAUAGCAAAAGGAUUUGUUAACUUAUUUCGUUCGCAAAUAGGAAAGUCCAUAGAAGCAUCAAACGCAUGGAGUCUUACAAAAUCAUGUGUCAACAAUGCAUUCACUGGUUUCGCAGAAUUCAAAAGAUUUGGCUCUUCAUUAUUUCAAAUGCAUAAAAAGGGCCCGCAUCAUAAAAAACGUAACAAGCAGAGACCUUUCGAUGGAAACCCUUUUGCGAAGGGUGUUGUUCUUAAAACUCUUAUAAAAAAGCCAAAAAAACCAAAUUCAGCCAACAGAAAAUGCGUACUUGUAAAACUAUCUAACGGAAGAGAAAUGGUUGCUUACGUUCCAGGUAUUGGUCAUAAUCUACAAGAACACAACAUCGUGCUUUGCCGAGUAGGCCGAUUAAAAGAUACGCCUGGAGUUAAAAUCAAAUGUGUAAGAGGAAAAUAUGAUUUGCCGCAUGUGAUAAAACCCGAACAGAAAUAAAACAUGCCGUAGCUGGGUAAUAAUUUGACAUGUCAGCGUACAAAAUCAUUGACGAGUGUGCAAGAGUGAAGCUAUAAAAUUUGCUGUGAAUAAAUAAAGCGGUUCUUUGACACAUAUUUUUGAGGAUAGAUCCCUACUAGCCUAGUCGGUAGAUAUCACUUGAACCCUUUUAUUUACCGUUAGUUGAACCACACGUACGAGCUUCCGUCACUAUGCAUAAUACAUUUGUGCGCAUCGUGUCGCACCCAGCAGACAAUAGGAAAAAAGGGCUUCUAUCCACAU